AACAGAAAAAUAAGUACAAAAAGAGGGAUUAAUUAAAAAAUGGGAUAAAUAGAUAGAUAGAUAGAUAGAUAGAUAGAUAGAAACACUGAUGGAUAGAGAGUAGGGUAAAAAAAGAGAUAGAUAGAUAGAUAGAUAGAUAGAUAGAUAGAUAGAUAGAUAGAUAGAUAGAUAGAUAGAUAGCAGAAAAAUAGUGAUGGAUAGACUGUGGGCUAAAAAAAGAAAGAGGGAGAUAGAGAGGUAGAGAAAAAGAUAUAUGGACAGACAGAGAUAAAAUAGAGGGAGAUGGAUAGAUAGAUAGUUAAUAAGAGAAAGGAAAAAGUGAAGGAAAAAGAGGAUGGGGGGUUAAAAGAGGGAUGGGGCCCUUCCACAGGGGACAGUCUAAAAGAAAGACACUUCUCUCUCUCCAUCUCAUCUCUUUCCCCUCUUCUCUCCCUUUCUCCCCUUCACUCUCUCUCUCCCUCUCUCUAUCAUCAUCCCAACGUCGAUUGAUUUGUGUAUGAAAAGCUGGACGACUCUCUCUCCCUCUCUUUCUCUCUCUCCCUCUCCCUCUCUCUCCGUCUCUCUCUCUCCCCCUCUCCGCCAGCGCGUUGUGAGUUGAUCAGCUGAUGAAGAGACUGAGCGCGCGCUGCAAUGCUGGGCUGCUAAUUCUCUCGCCUCCAGACAAGCGCCAGCCUGGAGACCACAGCCAGUCUCAGGCCGCCCAAAACGGAGUCUCUGAGGAUAUGGAGGAAGAAAGCACUUUGAAGAAACGGAAAAGUGAUCACCAGGGCCAGCAGGGCAACCAGGGCUCUGAGACCGGGCAGGAGGUCGUGGAGAAGGUGAAAAAGAGGCGGGGCCGACCUCCGGCUGAGAAACUCCCACCCAACCCCCCAAAACUCACCAAGCAAAUGAACACGCUUGUCGACAUGGUCAUGAACUACAAAGACACGUUGGGUCGGCAGAUCAGUAAAGGAUUUGUGCAGCUGCCUUCUAGGAAAGAGGUACCAGAGUACUACGAACUUAUCCGCAAGCCUGUGGACUUCCGGCGGAUCAGGGAAAGAGUACGUAACCACAAAUACAGGUGCAUCGCAGACCUGGAGAAAGAUAUAAUACAGAUGUGCCAUAACGCACAGACUUACAACCUGGAGGGAUCUCAGAUCUUUGAGGAUUCCAUCGUCCUGAAGUCAGUUUUUGAGAGCGCGAGACAAAGGAUAGUAGAAAUCAACCAAGAGGACAACGAUGCAGUUGGAGGCAGUGAGGCAGAUGGUGCUGAUCACUUAAAUCUAGAAAUAAAAUCAGAAACAGCAAAAACAAAGUUUGAGAAGAGCAGAGAGAGAAGUAAGACUGCUCCGGCUAACUCCAGCGCUAAAGUGAAGGAUCUGUACAGCGAUGAGGACAGCGCUGAAGACCAAGAGGACAACACAGGCCUGGAGGACGGCUGAUCUUCUGCAUGGAGAGAUCCCGACUUCUGCGCCUGAGCCUCACGCCACCCAAUCAUCUCGCUAUCAUUGGAAAAUGAAUAGCUCAUCCAUCACUUAACUCUUUUCGUGACUUGGUUCAGUGAACUCAGAGAUCCAGAAUUGGUUCCAGACUUUACAGUGGAUGCUUAUUACAAGAAUACAUUCAGAUAUGAUUAAUAAUAUUACUUUAUAAUCAAGAAACAACAGAUCUCCUUUUUACGCAAUUGCAGUAAUGAACAUUUGCCAAAAAUGUAAAGUUACAGAAAUUGUUACAUAUCGUCAGUGUCAUGCAAAAAAUGUGUAUGUCCAAAGGCCUAUCAUAGAGGAUGGAUAGGACCUCAAUUAUUUUUGCUGACCUCACAAUUGACCAGUCAUUUUGUGUAAGCAAGAAGAUCCUAUUCACAUAAAUGAUUAUGUUGACAUUUAUUUAUGUUUUAUUUAUCCAUUUAUUUAUUUAUUUAUUGAUAGCUAAAUAUUUAUAUUUUAUUGUUCAUAGUAAAUAAAUAUUAGGUGCUUUUUAAAACGGUGACAUUGUGUUAUUAUUCUAAUAUAUUUAAUUAUACUAGUUCCAUAAAACUACAAUAAUAUUGCCACAAUACAAAGAACAACUGCCGAACUACAAAUAUGUCAAAAAGUAAAAUACCAGCAAAAAAUGGAGAUACAAGAAUUUUGCGUGCCAGCGACGAUAUGUUGUGGUUGAUGAGAUAAGAUAAGAAUGAUAAGAAACAGAGCAAACAAGCAUACAAGCAAAGAUGUCUGAAAACAUAUUGGAUCUUAGAUGGAUGAUGGUUCAUCAUAGUGUUUUUUUUUUGUUUGUUUUUCGGAUGGUGUUUACUUGGCUAAAUACCGGCUAUAUUCUAUAAGAGCAAAUAUGCAGCCCAUUAGAUAAUCAAAAAUCUCAACUUUCAGUACUUAAAAAGGCCUCAAUUUAUCUGAGCUGCCUGUUAUUUGAUUAAUGUAACCCGCAGUAAUAAACACAAAGACAUAUGAAGAUGGGACAACCCCAGAUAAUUGCUUUCUUUAGACCAGUGCUUUUCAUUCCUGGUUCUGGCACCUUCCUGCUUAGCAAAUUUAGGGCUUUUCCUGCUCCCAGCACACCUGAUUCAACUAAUCUACUCGUUAACAAGCCCUUUCAGCCGAGCAGGUGUGUGAUAAAAGAGGGAAAUUCUUGACAAUACGUAGGACAGGAUGGCGUUAGGACCAGGAUUGAGAAUCUCUGCUUUAGACUAUUAAAGCGAGUUAGAUAACUGAGUUUUACAAUGUGAAAAUUUAAUCAGAUGCAUUCACCCCUCAGUGGUGUGAUUAAUAUUUGCGAGACUUUGCAUCUCAUUUAUAUCAGAUGUUGCUCUUUCUGUUGUUUCUUUUUUAGUGUCUGUAAGAAGUUGGCCGUGUCCCCCUUCGUGAAUUUCUGUCCUCUUCUCACAGACUGCGUCCAUCUUUGAGAAUGAAACUGUAAACUGAAUCAAACAGCACCUCAUAUUUAAUCAUUCAAUGUCUCGACUCUAUGAAUAAUGAGCUCUGUCUUGUAUUGGAGCACAGUGCAUUUUACUGGAUGGAAACUGCCCUCAAAGAGAGGCUCCAAAUGAUUACACUGUCGACCAGAGUGUUGAGGUUUGAAGUUUGAGGUAUAUGAGGGACAAUGGCUUUAUAGAUAGAUUUUGAAAUAAAGUUUUUAAGGUUUAUAUGACAUGAAAGUGCAAAGAAGUUUGAUUCAAAUCAUCUUAAUUGAUAAUAAACAUUUUU